AUGAUUCGACAUCUGUUAACCCACCUACACUUCUAUGUGAAAGAUUAUAAUGAAAGAAUUGAACGAGAAAAUCAAGAUUAUUCUUAUUCAAAAGUUGAUCAAUAUUGGCUUCGAUUUAUAUUUAUAUUUAACUUGUAUAUACUACAACCUGUAACACGAAUUACAAUAUUUAUUAUUUCAAGUUAUGAAUUGAAGAAAGAAGCAGCAAAGGAGAUUCUGCUCCCACAUUAUGAUCGAAAUAUUUUUAUUUAUUCAUUUGUAUCUGCAUCAAUCUUACUCUUGAUAUUACUGUACGUAUUACCAUUCUUAGCUAUAGCAGCAUAG